AUGGAUGCUGGCAAUGAAAAGACCGCUUACGAUGCCAAAGUCGACCCUGCGACAUUCACAGACACUAGUGAUCCUGAGGUUGGAAGUGCACGCGAUGUUGGCUCUCGCCAGCAUGAGUUACAUCGGAAGCUCAACUCCAAGCAGGUACAACUGUUUGCAAUCGGUGGCGCUAUCGGGACUAGUCUGUACGUGCAAAUGGGCUCUGCCCUGCCAAAGGGAGGUCCAGCGGGACUAUUCCUUGGAUUCUUCGUUUGGGGUUGUGUCAUGCUAUGUGUCAACGAAUGCUUUGCCGAGAUGGUCUGCUAUGCACCGAUCGCCUCACCCUUUAUUCGACUUGGCGGCUUUUGGGUGGAUGAAGCCCUCAAUUUCGCCAUGUCCUGGAACUUCUUCCUGAACAUGGCCCUGCUAGUCCCCUUCGAGAUCGUUGCCUUCAAUAUCCUUCUGACCUAUUGGACGGAUAAGGUUCCCGUUGAAGCCGUGAUUGUGAUUGUUCUUGUCAUUUACGGGUGCUUGAAUAUGGUGUCUGUCAAAUACUUUGGUAUUGCCGAGUUUUAUCUCUCCAUUUUCAAGGUGCUUCUGAUUGUUGGGCUUCUGUGCUUCACUUUUAUCACGAUGCUGGGUGCAAACCCGAUUCACGACCGCUACGGAUUCAGAUAUUGGAACGACCCGGGUCCCUUCGUCGAGCAUCUGGUCCCUGGCUCGACCGGCCGGUUCCUUGGCUUUUUGUCAUGCAUUGUCCAGGCGACCUUUUCCAUCUGCGGGCCGGAAUACAUAUCUAUGGUCGCAGGCGAAACUAAAGCCCCGCGCAAAGUGCUUCCGAAGGCCUUUCGCUCAUUCGUGUGGCGAAUCCUUGUUUUCUUUUGUGCGUCGGCCCUGGCUAUGGGUAUCGUCAUUCCGUCUAAUGAUGAAACUUUGCUGGCCGUGCUCGUCGGGGAUAUUGAGGGCAGUGGCACUGGUGCGGCAUCGCCGUAUGUGAUUGCGAUGCAGCGGCUUCGAAUCUCUGGACUUCCCGACGUGGUUAAUGUCGGUAUCAUGACCUCGGUCCUCAGUGCUGGCAAUGGAAUUCUCUUUUCGGCGACUCGGACGCUCUACGGCAUGUCAUUGGAAGGUACAGCACCGAAGUUCUUCUCCAAGACCCUCAAGUCGGGGGUCCCCAUUUACAGUGUUCUUGCAGGUCUUUCGGUGGGAUUACUGGCCUUCCUGCAGUCCAGCAACUCAAGUGCGAAAGUUCUGACUUGGUUGGUGUACCUGAUCACUGCAUGUCAGCUUCUCAAUUACUUCUCCACCGCUCUUACCUACAGACAUUUUUAUGAAGCGUUGAAGCAACAAGGUGUCGACCGUAAUAGCCUUCCAUACAAAGGAAAAUUCCAGCCAUAUACAUCAUACCUCGCCAUGUUCGCCACUGCCUUAAUGCUAUUCCUGCUAGGCUAUGACCUGUUCAUUACGGGUGGAUGGGACAUCCUCUACUUCUUCCUCGACUACACGUUUCUCGGGGUCUUCCCACUAGCAAUAAUCUUCUGGAAGGUGGUGAAGAAGACGAAAUACGUCAAGCCCGGGACGGCAGAUCUCACGGCUAGAGGGUUAGUCCCUGCAAUUGACGAGUAUGAGCGAUGUUUUGAGGAGGACGAAAAGCCCAGUAAAGGAGUGGAGAGCCUUCUAGAUCGGGUUUUCAAUGGCAAAGCGGUGAAAAAGGGCUGA